UACAGAGGCGGGGCGAGGACUAGAGCUGAAAUGCUGGUUGAUGAACCAGUGAUACAGGAACUAGUGGGGAUACAGAGUCCGAUACAACAGUUUGACCGAGUGUACCCACACCCCGAGUAACUCUGUAAACGGACGGCUCGCAUUGAACACGGAUGCUGCUGCUGCUGUCUGUGAGGCCAUUCAGAGAGUACUGUAAUUGUGGCUGAUCUGUUUAAGUUACUCCUUCAGGGAACAAACCCUGCGGGGAAGCUGGGCAACGUAUCCUGCACCUCUUCACUGGACUCCAGUUACUGCCUGGGCAUAAAUCAGAGGAUGCUUCUUUCUGGCUAAUAACAGACAAUUGAAUUCCAUUGUAGUUCACCUCAGAUCAUUUCACCUUCCUAGUACGAAUGGGCUGUCAGCUGCCCUAGGAUGCCUGCAGGGCGAAUUCUAAUCAACUAGUGGGUUGAUACAAGGCUCCUAAUUACCAGGAUUAUAGCACUGUCUUCAGUUGCUCUUCUAACAGACAGGACAGCGGGGUGAACAUGGCUAGUCCUAUUAGCAGCGUGAUCUUACUGUUGCUUAUAUUUCAAUACAGCUGUUAUGGUUUCAGGAGCCCUUUGUCAGUUUUUAAAAGGUAUCAGAGGUCACCACAGCAUGUUUCUAAUGACUGUGCAGGCACAACAAGACCUGUAAUGUCGCCAGACUCUUCAUCUUAUACAUUGGACAUACGAAUGCCAGGAGUAACGCCGCCAGAGUCUGACACCUAUUUCUGCAAGUCGUACCGUCUGCCAGCGGAUGAUGAAGCCUAUGUAGUUGACUAUAAACCUCAUGCAAAUAUGGAAACCGCACAUCACAUGCUUCUCUUUGGAUGCAACAAACCCUCUUCAACUGAAGACUUCUGGGAUUGUGGGGCUGGAAUCUGCUUAGAUAAAUCUAACAUUAUGUAUGCUUGGGGACGAAACGCACCACCAACCAAACUUCCUGAAGGUGUUGGAUUUAAAGUUGGAGGGAAGUCCGGCAGUAAAUAUUUUGUACUCCAAGUCCAUUACGGUGAUGUUAAGGCUUUUGCAGAUAAGCAUAAAGACUGCACAGGGCUAACUGUAACGAUAACUCCAGAAAGACAGCCAUUGAUUGCAGGCAUUUAUCUCUUGAUGUCUAUGGAAACUGUAAUUCCACCAGGAGAAAAGACUGUUAAUUCUGAUGUUGCCUGUGUGUACAGAAAUCCUACAAUGCAUCCAUUCGCUUACAGAGUUCACACUCAUAGUUUAGGUCAAGUCGUAAGUGGAUUCAGAGUCAGAAAUGGCAAGUGGAGUUUAAUUGGUAGACAAAGCCCUCAAUUACCACAGUCAUUUUAUCCUGUAGAACACUCACUUGAGGUCAGCCCUGGUGAUAUUUUGGCGUCCAGAUGCGUAUUCACUGGAGAAGGAAGAACAACAAAAACAUAUAUAGGGAGCACAACUAAUGAUGAAAUGUGUAAUAUGUACAUUAUGUAUUAUAUGGAUGCUGCACAUUCAAAUUCAUACAUGAUCUGUGAACGAACUGGAACCCCAGAACUUUUUGAGACUAUCCCCCCGAUAGCAAAUAUACCAAUACCUUAUAGUCCUGAGAUGAUGAUGAUGUCACACGGACAUCAUAAUGAAGAUGUCCAGAAAUCAGGGGGGAAAACAGUACUUCAGCAGCCAAAACGAGAGGAGGAAGAAGUGCUAGAUCAGGAUUCUCAUCUAGAAGAGGUUGUGGACUGGCCUGGAUUGAACCUCAAAUUAGGACAGGUGUCCGGGUUAGCUCUGGACGCUAACAAUAAUUUAGUUAUUUUCCACAGGGGCGAUCAUGUAUGGGAUGAAAACUCAUUUGAUACAGAGUUUAUUUAUCAACAAAGAGGACUUGGACCUAUUGAGGAAAGCACCAUUCUUGUUGUCCACCCAAACAGCUCAAGCAUACUCCAGGGAACAGGCAAAAAUCUUUUUUAUUUGCCACAUGGUAUAACAGUUGACAAAGAUGGGAACUACUGGGUCACUGAUGUUGCUCUUCAUCAGGUGUUUAAGUUGGCGCCACACAGUAAUGCGUUGCCCCUUUUAACUUUGGGUAAAGCUUUUCGACCAGGAAGUGAUGAGAAACAUUUCUGUAAGCCAACCGAUGUUGCAGUGGACCCAAUAACUGGUAACUUCUUUGUAUCGGAUGGCUACUGCAACAGUCGGAUCAUGCAGUUUUCACCAAAUGGAAUGUUCAUCAUGCAGUGGGGAGCAGGAUCUAGUGGACGGUUCCACAUCCCGCACAGUCUGACUUUGGUGCACGACCACAGUCAGUUAUGUGUAGCUGAUAGGGAGAAUGGACGGAUUCAGUGCUUCCUUUCUGAAACUGGGCGCUUUGUGAGAGAAAUCAAACACAAGGAGUUUGGAAGACAAAUGUUUGCUGUCUCAUAUGUACCAGGUGGACUGUUGUUUGCUGUGAACGGAAAACCACAACGUGGUGACUCUGCACCAUUGCAAGGCUUUGUAAUGAAUUUUUCUAGUGGAAAUAUCAUAGAUACCUUUACUCCUAUUAGUAAGCCCUUUGACAUGCCACAUGACAUUGCCACUUCAGAAGAUGGAAAUGUAUUCGUGGGAGAUGCACAUGCCAAUUCAGUGUGGAAAUUUUCCCCUACAGAAAAACAUCGAUCUGUAAAAAAGGCUGGUAUAGAGGUUGAAGAAAUAACAGAAACGGAAAUCUUAGAAACACUUGUAAGAAGCAGACCAAAAGCAAAUGUUUCUACAGUUGUGAAGGCACAUGGACAAGAGAAACAGGCCGUUAUUGAACAAAGUGGUGUUGGAGUAUCUUUUGUUCUCAUUAUUACUCUACUAAUCAUUCCAGUUAUGAUCCUUAUUGCCAUUGCAAUAUUUAUACGCUGGAGGAAAGUCAGAAUGUAUGGAGGUGAAACAGAACACAAAUCAGAAUCAAGUUCUGGAGGAAUCUUAGGAAAACUUAGAGGCAAGUGUAUCAAUUUUUUCUUUCUCUUUCAUCACAUUCAAAGAUCACAAGUCAUUUUACUUUAUACUCCAUUUUUGUUCUAUCAAUGAAAAUAAUUUACCUGUUCUGAACAAACCAACUUUUUUUUCUUGUCAAGUUUGUUGCUGCUCUGUUGUAUAUGUGAUAAAAAAAAUUAUAGUGAACAUUUAACAAUUUUAGUUAUAAAUAAAAAAAUAUAUGCAAAUAAUUCCAAUUAUCCUAACUUUGUGAAGGAAUAAUUUAUAUUUUAUAAAAUACGCAGAGCCUAACAUCCCCCCACGCCUUUAAUAUAACCUUACUGUUUCCCAUUACUUAACAUUAUUUAUGUUUAAGCCUCAUCAAACUAAUGGUAACGGACUCAUCAUCUCUCUAUGAUUCCUGUUUCAAUGUCCGCAAACCUCCAACUAAUCCCUGUACUUUGGUUUAAUUUUCAGAUUUUUCAUCACCUUCGUCACUCAAUUUUUUUAUCAUUAAUUUAAUAAUCAUUAAUUUCCCUGAUUUAACUGACUGGCCUAUAGUUAACAGAAUCUUCCCUACUACCCUUUUUAUGAAGAGGGACUAUAUUAGCAAUUUUACAGUCUUCUGGAACAACUUCUGUUAACAGAGUAGACAUCACAGAUCAAAAGUUCCCUUAAAACCCUUCCAUGAAUAUAAUCUGGACCCACAGACUUUUCUACUUUUAUUUUUAAUAAAGCCUUUGAAACCUCUUCCUUUGUAAAAAAAGAGAAGUAUUACCCACAUUAUUAUUUAAAGUUACAUCCCUUAAUGGCAUUUCACUAUCUUUACAAUCUAUUGAGAAGACUGAGCAAAAGUAAUCAUUUAGACAGUUUGGAAUUUGUUUACCUCCUUCCACUGAUCUAUCAUCAGUCUUUAGUCUUACUAUUCCUCCCAUAGUUUUUCUCUUUUUACUGUUAUAUCUAAAUACUUUGUACUGUACACUGCACAACAUACUUUUUUAAGAAAAUAACAUUAGCAACAGGCUUUUAAAUGAGAAAAAGAUUAACUAGAUUGCUUUAUUUAUUAAUUUUAUUACAAGCCAGUAAACUCAUAUCAAAUGGAUCAAUCCACCAAAUAAAAAAGCAGCAUUGGAGAUUGGUUUAAAAUAAAAUUGUCUAAAAGGGCUUUGGAAGCAAAGGCUACUCUGAUAGAGUGAGCCGAAAAAGAUACUUCUACUCCAGCAAUGUUUAAAGAUCCAUUUAACUCGCCUAGCAAUGGUAGGAGACAGGUUUUUGAAUGGAAACAAAAGAUAUAAGGAGUUGAGAGGAAGAUCCGAGAGUAGUUGAUUAGGAAAAUAAGAAUGGACAAUAGAUUUAGAAAGACACUUAGAUCUGCAGGUUGAUCCGUUUAUAACACAGAAAGUAAGGAUUUAAUUUUACCAUUGAUUUUAGACAUAAAGGAAGAUAUUUUAGAGCUAAUUAUAUUAUUAUCAGUCUUCUGUUAAAUUAUGAUGGGAGUCUUUUGAAUGUGACAUAAUAAAGAAAAUAACCACUGACACAAAUGAAGGAGAAAUAUAAGUGAGCUAGAAUAGACUUUAUGUGAAUAAAAAAAAUGUUAUAUUAUACUAAAAAGUGGCAAAAAGGAUAAGAAUUGAGGAGAAAAAAUCAUUGAAAUAUAUGACCUGAAAUAAAAUGAAGGGAGAGUGACACUCGGUGGCGAAAAUAAAAAUAACAGGCAACGAGAAAUUAAAUACAUUUGUGAAGUGUGAGAAACUUGCAAAGUAACAAUAAAAAUUGAAGCCCACACAGACAGGAAACAAUUACUUAUGGGCGUAGAAGAACAACGUUAUUGCUGAAGUAAGGAGAGAAAUAGAGGCCGGGAAAAACAUCUGAAAAUAACAGAGAAAGAUGUGCCCGAGAAGGAGUAUGAAAA